CAAAAUGAGAGAUCACUGCAAGACCGCUCCUACACGGCUCAUCCAGCUUAGGAAGGAUGCCAGCUGCUAGCACCAUGACUGGUGGUAGAGCACUACUGCUCUGUACAGACACCGAAAACCGUAUCUACCAAUCAGUAAACGGGCUCCAGUGUUGUGGCUUGACACUUGGGGAGACACCAUCAGUGGUCCCCCAGAGGCCAGACUUUUGCAGGGACGGGGACAACAAGACCCCACUCACGUCCCUGGACAACCUUAGCGACAGCCUAGUGGGGGCCACCAUGCUAACCCACAAAAGAUCUCCAUCUGCAGACACAGGUGGCAUUGAGAACGGCCUGGUAGGCUGUAACAAAUUCUCCAAGACCCCUAUGCCACUGAGGAGUAGUGCCAGCAUUAGAGACAAGAUCUCCCAAUGGGAAGGCAAAACAGAGACUCCCGGGUCUUCUCCACAGAUGACGGGACAACAGAAAGAAACUGAAAUUUUGAUGAAAAAGGAUGUCAAAAGCACAGAGAUCCAUAGAACAGACAGCAAAAGACUUUUCAGCUGGGAGAGACAGGACUGUGGGAAGGAAAAUGGGGGAAGGCUUGGAGAUUCACAACCAAAAUCCCUGGAAAGUUGCACAAAAGAAAAAGAGUUGAGAGCAGACAAGGUGCAUUGGGCCAAAAUGCCAGAAACAACCCAGGACAAGAAGUCGGUUUUGACCCACAUUAAGAAACUUGAGCAAGCCAUGAAGGAAUCUCCCACCAAGGCUUCCCUUGUCUUACCUGGCAACUAUUUCUGUCCUCCAUCCAAAGAGGAACAAGAGGAGGCAGAGAGGAGAGCUGCAGAACCCAUUUUUGGGACACUAGAUGUGGUGAGGUCUGCUGGAGGCAGGCGUAAGCGGGAAGGUGACCCUGAAAAUGUCUACACAGAGCCUGGUGUGCCUUCCAUCAAUCCCCUGCCAAAGCCCCAACGCACCUUCCAGCAUCACAACCUGGCAUCCACCCCUGGGUCGACUCAAGCGUCAUUUAAAGGGAAGAGAAACCUGCCUCCCUUGCCCUCGAUACCUCCUCCACCCCUGCCUUCCUGCCCCCCACCGGGUGUCUGUCGGAGACCCUGGGCAGAACGAGCCAGAGACAGCAGUAACAGAAAGUCUUAUGAGUUUGAGGACCUGUUACAGUCGUUCACAGAGGGCUGUCGGGUGGAUUGGUAUGCACAGUCCAAGCUGAGCCUUACACGCACUUUAUCUGAGGAGAACAUCUAUGAGGAUAUCAUAGACCCUCCAUCAAAGGAAAACCCAUAUGAAGACAUUGAAUUGGAAAGUCGUUGUCUUGGGAAUAAGUGUCCUCUUCCUCUGUCACCUUCCUCACCCACACCUGACACUCCAACCAAGCUUUCGUCUAAGCCUGGCUUCUUCAGGCAGAACUCAGAGCGCCGCAGCUUCAAACUUCCAGAUCUACGCAAGAAUAACCGAGAGGGGGGCAUCGCCUCACCUUCCCGAAUCAGUCCUCCUUCCACUCCCAGCAGUCCUGAUGACACUCCCUGUCUCUCCGGAGACCCUUACAACCGCAGACGCAGGAAAAUCCCAAAGAUGGUACUGAAGAUCAAUGCCAUCUUUGAGGCUAGGAGGGGAAAGAAAAGGAUGAAAAGAGUCUCCCAAUCUACUGAGUCCAGCUCAGGCCGAGUGACAGACGAAAACAGUGAGUCAGAAAGUGACACUGAAGAGAAGCUGAAAGCUCAUAGUCAGAGACUGGUGUCGGUUCAGUCCAUGCUGAAGCAGACAAGUCGAUACCGCACACUAGAGCGAGACCUCAUGGAUCUGCAGGAGCGCAAGCUGUUUGAGUAUUUUUUGGUAGUGGCACUCCACAAGGCUAAAGCAGGGGCACCGUAUCUGCCCGAAGUUACUCAACAGUUCCCCUUAAAGCUGGAGAGAAGUUUUAAGUUCAUGAGAGAGACUGAAGACCAGUUGAAAGUUAUUCCCCAGUUCUGUUUCCCUGAUGCUAAGGACUGGGCACCUGUUGACAGCUUUCCCAGUGAGACAUUCUCAUUUGUAUUAACCGGAGAGGAUGGAAGUCGACGUUUUGGUUACUGCAGACGAUUACUGCCCAGUGGCAAAGGAAGACGGUUACCAGAGGUUUACUGCAUCGUAAGCCGACUCGGCUGUUUCGAUCUCUUCUCGAAGAUUCUCGACGAAGUGGAGAAGCGGAGGGCCAUUUCUCCAGCGCUUGUUCAGCCGUUCAUGAGAGGGAUCAUGGAAGCCCCUUUCCCUGCUCCUGGAAGAACCAUCACAGUAAAGAACUUUCUACCAGGCUCAGGCACUGAGGUGAUAGAAUUGUGCAGGCCCUCUGACUCUCGUCUGGAGCAUGUCGACUUUGAGUGUCUCUUCUCCUCCCUCAGUCUGCGUCUUCUCCUGCGUGUCUUUGCUUCGCUUCUGCUGGAGCGUAGGGUCAUUUUCACUGCAGACAAACUCAGUACACUGUCGCAGUGUUGCCAUGCAGUGGUGGCCCUGCUCUAUCCUUUUACCUGGCAACACACCUACAUUCCCGUGUUGCCUCCCUCCAUGAUGGACAUCGUGUGUACCCCCACGCCCUUCAUCGUGGGUCUGUUGUCCAGCUCCCUGCCCCGCCUCAAAGAGCUGCCCAUUGAGGAGGUCCUGGUGGUCGACCUUGGCAACAGUCGUUUCCUCAGACAGCUUGAUGAUGAAGACUCCAUCCUUCCCCAUAAACUUCAGUCUGCAUUAGAACAUGUUCUGGAGAAAAGGAAAGAGCUGGCCAGUGACAAAGGAGAUCUCACAAAUGAGCAAUGCUCUCUCAGCACCGCGGUGUCUGAGGCUUUUGUGCGUUUCUUCGUGGAAAUGGUCGGCCACUAUUCCCUGUUCAUGGGGGGCGGAGAUCGUGAAGAUGAUACGAACUCAGCCUCCUCCUCCUCCUCGCCCACACCCUCUUCAUUUCAGCGCGAGGCCUUUCGUAAGGCCGUCUCCUCUAAGAGCCUGCGUCGUUUCCUGGAGGUGUUCAUGGAGACCCAGAUGUUUGCCGGGUUUGUGCAGGAGAGAGAGCUACGCAGGCAGGGUCUCAGAGGACUAUUUGAGGUUAGGGCCCAAGACUACCUAGAUUCCCUGCCAGGGAGCGAGAACCGAGGGGUCAACAAAUUCCUCAAAGGUCUAGGAAAUAAAAUGAAAUUUCUCUCCAAAAAGUGAUGAUUAGCACCUGCUUUGAGAGAGUGAAGAAAGGUAGUUCAGGCAUACCAGUGCAGCUGGCCAAACAAACUCUAGGAGAGUCAGAGGAACAAGGGAGCCUCAAGACUCAUUUCCAUGCAAGGAGGGGGAAAAGAAAACCAUGAACUCAGCAAGGAAUUUGAGAAUGUGUGGACAUAUAAAAGUCACGGCCUCCAAAAUAGGUUGUUCUAGUGUGAAAUCUCCAUUUCCCUAUGUACAUUUAACCCCCAAAACAUAUUAGACACAAAUAAAAGCUUGAUCAAACAUGUUGCUCGUGGGGCCAAAACUGAACGUUUUCUGUACAGUUUUCUUUUCACAUUUCAAACCUUUUUUUUUAAGCU